AAACUAGAUGGCUUCCCUAUCUAAAAAGAUGCAUGCCUCCGUAGCCUCUGGCCUCCGCCAUCCACGCCCCGAAUAUCGCGCAGCAGUUGUUGCGCUUGCCCGCCGGCGCCCUUCGCCUUCGUCCGAGCCGGUCGUCGUCGGAUCCGUUCAUCCCUCCGCCCUGUUCGCCGCUGGGACCUCCCCUUCCUCCCUCAGAUUGAGAAGAUGUCGACCAAGCGAAUAGGAGAAUGCUCAGAAAGCUCAAAUAGACCGGAAAAAGCUCUCAAAAGUAGUGGACAAUUCGACACUGAGCUAUCAACGCCCAGAAUACCCGAAACAAGUGAGUUGUGUUCAUUCAGUUCUGCAGAUGACACUUUUGAAGAGGAAUUUGGCAGCUCUAAUGAUUCGUGUCAAGGAGUCUGGAGUGAACUGAGUAAAGAAGUUGUUUCAAAUUUAUCCAAAAGUGUUGUCUCACUGGCUUCAUUCCAAGGAGAUAAGCUCAAUUGUGCAUGCACAGGCAUGGUUGUCAUGAACUACUCAGUUGGUGUGGACAUUCUGACUUCAGCAGAUCUGAUUAGAUCUCCUCAUGAUCCCAACGACCUUCCUCGCUCACUGAGGAUACAAGUGCACCUUCCAAAUAGGAAAGAAGGCAUAGGGCGUUUAAAGCACUAUGAUUUGGGUUAUAAUGUUGCUCUUGUAUAUACCGAAUCUUUUCCUGAAAUUGAAGAAAUAUUUCUUGGUCAAUUUCAAAUUAAGCCUCACAGCAAGGUAGUAGCUGUAGGGCGUGGCUUCAACUCAGGCAAAUUAAUGGCCACAGCUGGGACAGUGACUGAUGAGCGAACUGAGAAGUAUAUGAUAUCCACAUGUAAAAUCACUAGGUCUGGGAUCGGAGGGCUCCUUAUCGAUUUUGAUGGCAACUUUGUUGGCAUAAACUUUUACAGCUUCAAAGGAAAUCCAUUCCUACCGAGGAAUGGAAUUGCCGAGUGCUUGGGGGUAUUGUGGGAUGUCAUUGAGCAAGAUAGGACAAUUGACAGAAGCACAAUCGUGAGACAGAAACCUAUUCUCCCUAAUUUGGAAGACAAAUUGGGGUCGGCGACUACAACCUUCUAACACGCCCUCGCAGUCGGAUCGGCAGCACCGCGAACAUUCAGACUGGAUCUGAACUCACGGAAGAUCGAAGAAGGAAGUCCUUUGGUGAAGAUGUCAGGGUAUUGCGAUGUGGUGGGCACAACCUUUUCCCGGACGAAGUGCCGGUCGAUCUCUAUGUUCUUGGUGCGCUGAUGUUGAACGGGAUUGGAAAAUAUGUAGAUGGCGUUGAUGUUGUCGCAGUAAAGGACAGACCGUCGAAGUGGCAUAUGAAGCUCAUGAAGAAGUUGGCGCAACCAGGAUACUUCAGCAACAGCAUUUGCCACAGCCCGAUACUCCGCUUGAGCACUUGAUCUGGAGACAAUAUUCUGGCGCUUGGAGGACCAGGAGAUGAGGUUAUCACCGAGGAACACAGCAUAGCCUGAGGUGAACUUGCGCGUGUCGGGACAACCAGCCCAGUUAGCGUCCGAGUAUGUUGUCAGUUCAGUCGUGGAGGUGGGACACAGGAGCAGUCCCAUGUGAAGAGUGCCAUGGAUGUACCGGAGGAUGCGCUUCAAAGCAACGAGGUGAGGCUCCCGAGGAUCAUGCAUGUAGAGGCAGACUUGCUGGACUGCGUAGGCAAUAUCUGGUCUACUGAAGGUCAGAUACUGAAGGGCGCCAGUAAGGCUCCUGAAAUCUGUAGCAUCCUGAACAAGAACACCAUCUUCACUGAGCUUUGGGUUGCAAUCGACCGGAGUGGAACAUGGCUUGCACUCGGACAUGCCAGCACGAGCAAGGAUGUCAAGCAUGUACUGCCGCUGAGAGAGGAACAAGCCGUCGCCAUGGCGCUGGACCUCCAUGCCCAAAAAUUGAUGAAGCUCCCAGAUCCUUCAUAGAGACCUCCUGCUGUAGUGCCUGAAUGAUGCGCCGAAGGAGAGACGCUGAGGAGGCAGUCAGGACAAUGUCAUCCACAUAGAGGAGAAGAUAGAUAAUGUCCGAGCCUCGGCGGUAGACGAACAGCGAAGUAUUGUACUUGGCCUCCACAAAUCCCAGGGACAACAGGUGAGUGGCAAAGCGAAUGUACCACGCACGAGGGGCCUGCUUGAGGCUGUAGAGGGACUUGUUGAGGCGGCACACGAAGUCCGGGUGAGAUGGAUCCUCAAAACCUGAUGGCCGAGCGCAGUAGACUGUCUCCGUGAGCGUGUUGUGAAGGAAGGCGUUUUUCACAUCAAGUUGGUGAAUCGGCCAGUGCUGUGAAAGUGCCAGGGAGAGCACAGUGCACACGGUGGCCGCUUCACAACCGGACUAAAGGUCUCAUCAAAGUUGACACCAGGGCGCUGAGAGAAACCACGAGAACCCAGCGGGCCUUGUACCGCUCGAGUGAACCAUCCGCAUGGAACUUGUGCUUGAAGAACCACUUCCCAAUCACAACAUUGGCCUGCGAAGGACGCGCAAUGAGAUCCCAAGUGUUGUUCAGGAGAAGGGCAGCGAACUCUUCUUCCCAAGCAGCCCGCCAAUUGGGGUCGGCGAGGCCACUGCGGAAGGUCUUCGGCUCUAGCGAUAGCGGAGUGGCUUUGGAGCAGCGGACGAGGGGGUAUCCAGAACCCGCUCUUGCCCCCCAUGGUCAUGCAAUGCUGGUUGACCACAGGGGUGGCUCCCUUGGGCAGCGAUGGUGCAGGGACCGACGGCAGCGAGGUUCCCACGGGACUGGAGGGGCGCGCCGAGUGUAGACGAAGCGAAUGUCCCGCACCGGGGGGUACCCAGGCAGCGGCGGGGAUGUAGUAGCUGGUGAAGAGGCCGCACAUGGCUGUGCGGGAGUCGAAGCAGCAGGGGCAGCGUCCGGCGAUGCACUGGCUGCACGUGGCAGUGCGAGAACCGGCGAGGCGACGGGGCUGACACUAGCCGCACGUGGCAGUGCGGGUGUCGACAGGGCACUAGGGCGGGCGGCGGCCACGCGUGGCAGUACAGCAGGGGCGGCCACCAGCGCGGGCGUGUGGGGGGAGCAACGCCGGUGCUGGAGGAGGUAGGGAGCGCUUGGCGAGCUGAGGGCUCGAUCCAGUACUGCAACCAGAGAAACCUGCAGGCUGAAGAGGUUGUGUCGAUCCUAUGGGGGCCGGCACAAUGUCAGUUGUCGUGGGCUUUUGGGGGUACCCACGGCCGGGUGGCGGAACGCACCCGCCUAUUCCCCGAGGGGGAGUACUCGGGAAAGUGCCAAGCUAUUAGGCUAAUCUAGCUCAGGGGCAAGAACGCAAGAACACACGGAUUUAGAGUGGUUCAGGCCGCCGGAGCGUAAUACCCUACAUCCACUGUGAGAUGAAUUGCUCUUAAUAUGAAUGA